AAUCCGCCAUCUUGUUUGACGGAGAAAAUAUUGCGAGUUGCUGAAUCUGUUUUGUAUUUAUAAUCAUUAAUUUCGUGCUAUCAUUAGCUAGAAUAUCGAAUGACCACGUUAGUGGAGAGCUGAUGUUUUGCACUCCUAAAAAUGUCAGCAGUUAACGGAGUGAGCAAGACUUCUCCAAGAAAUGGGCCACAGAAAACCAAGGGCAAAGGAGCAGAUGACCCAAUCCGAUUUCUUCCCACUCUGCCAAACAAAAGAACCAAGCCGUCAUGGCAACAGAACCCUCCCUCAUUUCUGCUGACAACCCAGGUAGAACAUGAGGACCAAAAGCUUGGGAUUGACUUAGUGUCAGAAUUGACAGCAAGAGAACCUAAAAAAGGCAAACAUGGUCGUAGCAAGACUUGGGAGAAUGCAAAUGGGCAAGCCAACGGCCAUGCUGCAACCCCAAGAAAAGAUAGGGAGCAUUUCAGGAAAGCUUUGGUUGAUAUUAUCAUGCAAGAGGACACUCCCCCUCAAAGCAGACCCAUGUCCACAAAUGGAGAGCUGCCACCAUUAACAAGAACUGGGUCACCAACCAGUGCAGAGAAAGAUAUCCUGAGAUAUUACUACUACAUACACAAUGGGAUUGACACAGAACAUGUUGCUCCCAUGGAAGACAACUGGUUGGAAAAUGUAUUGAAAUUGGUGCCUGGGGAACUUAAGACUGGACACACUGAAACAAUAGAAAAUCUGUCUGAUGAAAUGAGAGAAGAUUACCUUCUUAGUGUGAAGAAAGCAAUUGUUGACUUUGUGCUGAAGGAUCCCAGAGAGAAGGAAUCGGAUGAGAAGGAGCACCUGCCAGGCCACAGGGAGGAGCUUCAGGUUGUUCCCAAGCCCUGGUACAAGUCUUACACCUGGGCCAGGGAUAUAGCAGUUGACCACCUCCAUGUCACCAACCCCUGUAUGAUGCAGGUGCUGGAUUUGUGGCAUGCCACCUUUGGGCAACUGAGGCUGAUUGACAUAGAGGAAUUCCACAACAGAACAGAGUCCAUGGACCUGAAGACAUUCCAGCAGCUGUGCAUCAGACAUGUAGACUCGGCCAAGGAAAAGCUGCUGAAAAAGUGGUUUCCCGAAAUCCAGAAUAUCUUUUACCAAGGCAACAAAAGGAAGCAGGUUCCUAGCAACCAGGACCAGGAGAGAUUAGAGAAGUUCUUCAACUGUGCUGCCACCCUCAUGACAGAACAACUGCAGGCACUGUGUCUGGUGUCCAUGUCAGACUACACAGACUUGAUAUGCCAGCCUCCACAUUCCACCAGAGCCUAUGAACAUGCUGGCUUUGUGCUGAGACUGAUCCUGGACAAGUCCGAGAUAAAGUUUGAGCCAUCUUUUGAAGAUUUUGAGCUAGUGUUAUUAAAUGCGUAUGAAGUGAUGGACAGGGCUGUCAAUGUGGUACCCAGAGUAGAGACUAAACUGUACUCUGAAUGGAGUGGCAGUACAAACAAACAGUUCCUGAAGCCAGUGAUUCUCCCUGAGAUCAGGGCCGCCCAUGAGGACAAGGUGAAAGCUGAGAUCAAGAAGGAAAGUGUCAAGCCAAUCCACCAUGCAAAGCACUAUGACAAAUACAGCUUCCUCAUCUCUAACCAGGCAGAGGCAGAUGUGGAGCAGUUCUUGAAGGAAGAGCACAGUUUUGAUGAAUACGUUGCAGAGGUCAAGAAGUACAAACAAUUGCUGGAUGACAUCACUUACAACAACAUAAAGAAAAUCCGCCUGGGGAUGUUUGAAGUGCACUGUGAUGAGUUAGUGAGAGCCUUGGCAAAAAGGGCAGACACAUUUGCUAACAGACUGCUGGCCAAGAUGCAGAAAGAUCAUCAGGAUCAGAACAGGAAGCUUUGUGAUGACUAUGAGAAGAUCUCGGAGAAGGCUCUGGCCACCCCUGCCAACACUGAGCAGCUGAUAGAGCUGAACACCUAUAUCACCAAUGUGGAGAAGAAGGAGAUCUUUGAAUUGGAGAAGAGACUGGUUAGCGCCAAGGACAGGCUGGCUUUCCUGGCAGACUUUGCUCAGUUUUCUCCUGCAGAGAUUCGCCUGAAUAGCAACACAUUUAUGUGGCAUGGAAGAAUGCCCCAAAUCUUUGAGGAACAUAAACUCAUUGUAGAUGACAAGACGUCACAGUUCCAGGAGAAUCUUAAGUAUCGCAGAGAGAGAUUCCAGGAAGAUUUGGACAGUUAUGCAAAGCAAGUGGAAGAAUUUUCAUCAUUUGGUGACCUGAAUGAGAUACAGAAGUAUCUGAAGAAGGCCCAGGCACUAGAUGCCAAGCUGCAGACUGCAGCUGAAAAGAUUGAGCAGUUCAAUACUGAGGAAGAGGCAUUUGGCUGGGAGACCAGUGCCUACCCACAGAGGAUGCAAAUCAUCAACAUACUGAAACCCUACCAGAAUUUGUAUGAACAGACAGUGGAGUUUGGACAGAAAUAUAAAGAAUGGAUGGAUGGCCCUAUGUCCAACGUAAACCCAGAUCAGGUAGACCAAGAAGUUGGUAAUUAUUGGAGAAACCUGUACAAACUUGAGAAAGGUUUUGAUGCUAUACCAACAGCAAAGAAAAUUGCCAAUAAGACCAAAUCCAAGAUUGAGGAGUUCCGUGACCACCUCCCUCUGGUCCAGACAUUGUUUAACCCAGGCCUGAGAGACCGUCACUGGGAGUUGAUAGCAGAAAUCAUCAACUACCCAGGGUUCAAGCCAGAUGAGGACACCUGUCUGUCCAAGUUUGUGGACAUGAACCUUGACCAGUACAUCCCUAAGCUGGAGUCCAUCAGUGAGUCUGCCAGCAAGGAAUACUCGCUUGAGAAGGCAAUGGAGAAGAUGAAGAUCGAGUGGAAAGAUAUUGAGUUUGUGAUGGUCCCAUACAGAGAGACUGGAACUCACAUCCUGUCCUCAGUGGACGACAUUCAGCUGCUGCUGGACGACCACAUUGUCAAGACACAGACUAUGAGAGGAUCUCCCUUCAUCAAGCCUUUUGAAGUAGAAAUGAAGGAGUGGGAGGGCAAACUGGUCCUGCUACAGGAUAUCCUGGAUGAGUGGCUGAAGGUGCAGGCCACCUGGCUAUACCUAGAGCCUAUCUUCAGCUCCCCAGAUAUCAUGGCUCAGAUGCCAGAGGAAGGCAGGAAGUUCACAACAGUGGACAAGAACUGGAAGGACAUCAUGAAGGCCUCUGUGGUGGACAAACAUGUCCUUGCAGUGACCAGUAUAGAUAAAAUGUUGGAAAGACUCAAGAAGUCCAAUGAGCUUCUAGAACAGAUCCAGAAGGGCUUGAAUGACUACCUUGAGAAGAAGCGCCUCUACUUCCCACGUUUCUUCUUCCUGUCCAAUGAUGAGUUGCUUGAGAUCUUGUCCGAGACCAAGGACCCGACCCGUGUCCAGCCUCAUCUGAAGAAAUGCUUUGAAGGCAUUGCCAAGCUGGAGUUCACGGACAUUCUGGACAUCACUCACAUGAAGAGCAGUGAGGGAGAGGUGGUCCUUCUCAGAGAUGUGAUCUCUACCUCCAAGGCCAGAGGUCAGGUGGAGAAGUGGCUGCUGGAGCUGGAGGGCGACAUGAUUGUCUCUUUACAUAAGGUGAUUGGUGAAUCCCUGGAAGUGUAUAACUCCACCCCUAGAGCUGAGUGGGUGUGUAAGUGGCCAGGACAGGCUGUUCUGUGUGUCACCACCAAAUACUGGACAGAUUUUGUCAGCCAAUCCAUCCGUGAAGGUGAGAAGGCAAUGGAUGCCUACCUGCAGCUGAACAACAGCCAGAUUAAUGAGAUUGUGGCACUGGUGCGAGGCAAGCUGUCCAAACAGAACCGCACUACACUGCAGGCCCUGAUUGUGUUAGAUGUCCACGCCAGGGAUGUGCUGCAGGAAUUGUGCAAGUCCAAAAUCAGCAGCGAAUUUGACUUCUCUUGGCUGAGUCAGCUCAGAUAUUACUGGGAGGAAGGACAGAUGAUUACCAGAAUGAUCAACUCCAUGCUGCCAUAUGGUUAUGAAUACUUGGGCAACAGUGGCCGUCUCGUCAUUACACCUCUCACUGACAGAUGCUACAGGACCCUGUUUGGAGCCCUACACUUACACUUGGGAGGUGCCCCUGAGGGACCUGCUGGGACAGGCAAGACUGAGACCACCAAAGAUCUGGCCAAAGCUGUGGCCAAACAGUGUGUGGUCUUCAACUGCUCUGAUGGUCUGGAUUAUAUUGCCCUUGGAAAGUUUUUCAAGGGUUUGGCCUCUUGUGGAGCCUGGUCCUGCUUUGAUGAAUUCAACCGUAUUGAUCUUGAGGUGUUGUCUGUGGUAGCCCAACAAAUUCUUACUAUCCAGAGAGCCAUUAAUGCGGGUGCAGACACCCUGUUGUUUGAGGGGACUGAGCUGAGGUUGGAUCCCACAUGUGCUGUCUUUAUCACCAUGAACCCAGGUUAUGCAGGGCGCUCAGAGCUGCCUGACAACUUAAAGGCUCUCUUCAGAACAGUGGCUAUGAUGGUCCCAGAUUAUGCCCUGAUCUCUGAGAUCUCCCUCUACUCCUGUGGCUUUGUCAGUGCCAGGCCACUGUCUGUGAAGAUUGUGGCCACAUACCGUCUGUGCUCAGAGCAGCUGUCUUCACAGAGUCAUUAUGAUUAUGGUAUGAGGGCUGUCAAGUCUGUACUCACAGCUGCUGGUAACCUCAAGUUGAAAUACCCGGAAGAGAAUGAAGACAUUUUGAUGUUACGUUCCAUCAUUGAUGUGAACCUGCCCAAGUUCUUGAGCCACGACUUGCCCCUGUUCCAUGGUAUCACCUCGGAUCUGUUCCCUGGCAUCAAGCUACCAGAGCCUGACUACGUGGCCCUGAAUGAGGCAGUCAGGCAAAACUGCGAUAAGAUGAACCUCCAGUGCACUCCGUUCUUCCUGGAGAAGAUGCAGCAGAUUUAUGAGAUGAUGAUAGUGCGUCACGGCUACAUGAUUGUUGGUGAACCCUUUGGUGGCAAGACUUCUGCCUACAGAGUGCUGGCAGGAGCACUGGGAGAUCUGCAUGAGAAGGGUCUAAUGGAAGAAAACAAAGUACAAAUCUUUGUCCUGAACCCCAAGUCCAUCACCAUGGGUCAGUUGUAUGGUCAGUUUGACCCUGUGUCCCAUGAGUGGUCAGAUGGUGUGCUGGCUGUGUCUUACAGAAACUUUGCACAGUCUACAACCCCAGACAGGAAAUGGCUCAUCUUUGAUGGCCCAGUGGAUGCCAUCUGGAUUGAGAACAUGAACACCGUGCUGGAUGACAACAAGAAGUUGUGUCUGAUGAGUGGUGAGAUUAUACAGCUGGCCAGCACUACCAACCUUAUGUUUGAGCCUAUGGACUUGGAGGCUGCAUCCCCUGCUACUGUGUCCCGCUGUGGUAUGAUCUACAUGGAGCCGUCCUCUCUUGGUUGGCGGCCAGUGGUCAAGUCCUGGCUGAAUGUGCUACCAUCAACUCUGAAUGAACUACACAAGCAAGCCAUUAAUGAGCUGUUUGAGAGGUUUUGCGAUGCCUGCCUGGCUUGUGUCAGAAAGCAGAUGAAGGAACUCUCUCCAACUUCUGAUACCAACCUGGUCAAGUCUUUGAUGAACCUGAUGGACUGCCAGAUGGAUGAGUUCCAGGAUGAAGCCAAGUUCAGUCAGCUGGAUGAGAGACAGGUCUUUGGCUGGAUAGAGGGAAUGUUCAUCUUUGCACUGACCUGGUCUUUAGGUGCCAGCAGUGAUGACAAGAGCAGGUACUCCAUGGAUGCAUUGGUGAAAGAACUACUGCAGGGUGGCAUGCAAGAAGAAACGCGUGCUAAGUUGAGCCUGAUAAAUUUAGUGGAUCCACCAAUGAAGCCUUACAUGGUAGACUUUCCAAAGGAAGGGACCAUUUAUGACUACAAAUUCCUCAAAGAGGGUAACGGCAAAUGGCAGAAAUGGGACCUGGAUAUCAAGGAUGCUCCCCCUAUCCCCAAGGAUGCCCUGUUCAAUGAGAUCAUUGUCCCCACUGUGGACACCGUCCGCUAUACCCACCUGAUGAUGACACUGGUCACACAUCAGAAGACUUGCCUCUUUGUGGGACCCACUGGGACAGGAAAAAGUUGUUAUAUCAUUGACUUCCUGCUGAACAAACUAGACAAAGAUGUGUACAAACCUAACAUAGUGAACUUCUCAGCCCAGACCACCUGCAACCAAACCCAGAACAUCAUCAUGUCCAAGCUGGACAAGAGGAGGAAGGGAGUGUUUGGUCCACCCCUGGGAAAGAAGGCUAUUGUAUUUGUUGAUGACCUGAACAUGCCAAUGAGAGAGACGUACCUUGCCCAGCCUCCCAUAGAGUUACUGAGGCAGUGGAUGGACCACUGGAACUGGUAUGACCUCAAGGACACCACCAUGAUCAAACUGAUAGAUAUCCAGCUGAUGGCAGCCAUGGGACCACCAGGUGGUGGUCGCAACCCGGUGACUCCCAGAAUGCUGCGCCAUUUCAACACUAUCACCAUGAAUGAGUUUGACAAUGAAUCUAUGAGUACAAUAUUCAGGAGAAUCAUGGACUGGCACAUUACUUCAAAGGGUUUCUCCAAGCAGUUCAAUGCCUGUGUAGACAUGGUGGUCAGUGGUACUAUGGAUGUCUAUAAGAAAUCUCUGGAGAUGUUGCUACCCACCCCAGCCAAGUCCCACUACCUGUUUAACCUGCGUGACUUCAGCAGAGUGGUCCAGGGCGUCCUGCUGUCCAUACCUGACACCACAGAGGAACCCGCCUCCAUGAAGAGGCUCUGGGUUCAUGAGGUGUUCCGAGUGUUCUAUGACAGGUUGGUGGAUGAUGCAGACAGGAGCUGGCUCUAUGGGUAUGUUAGAGAAGUCGUGAAGACCAGACUGAGUGAAGAUUUUGAUCAACUUUUCAUCCAUUUGGAUUCUGAUGGAGAUAAUAAGGUAACUGAGGAUGACUUGCGUAGCUUGUUGUUCUGUGACUUUGCUGAUCCAAAGUCAGAUGCUAAGAACUACAUUGAGAUCCGUGACCUGAACUCUCUGACCACUGUUGUGGAGGGCUACCUGGAUGAGUUCAAUAAUAUGAGCAAGAAACCUAUGAACCUUGUCAUGUUUAGAUUUGCCAUUGAGCAUGUGUCACGUAUCUCCCGAAUCAUCAAGCUGCCCAGAAGUCACGCUUUGUUGGUGGGAGUUGGAGGAUCUGGACGUCAGUCUCUUACCAGGCUGGCUGCACAUAUGUCAGACUAUGAUCUGCAUCAGGUUGAGAUCAGCAAAAGUUACACCAGUGUAGAAUGGCGUGAAGAUCUCAAACUUAUCCUGCGUAAGUCUACAGAGACUGAUCAGCAUGCUGUGUUCCUGUUCUCAGACACACAGAUCAAACAAGAAUCCUUCCUGGAGGAUAUCAACAACUUAUUAAACUCUGGUGAAGUUCCUAACCUUUACCCUGCUGAUGAGAAGGCUGAAGUCUGUGAGAAAAUGAGGCAAAUUGACAGACAACGGGACAAGAGCAAACAAACAGAUGGCUCCCCUGUCAGCUUGUUUAACAUGUUUGUGGGGAGAUGUAGAGAUCAGCUUCAUAUUGUACUGGCCAUGAGUCCUAUUGGUGAUGCAUUCAGGAACAGACUGAGGAAGUUCCCCUCUUUGGUCAACUGCUGUACUAUAGAUUGGUUCCAGUCCUGGCCAGAGGAUGCCCUGCAGGCUGUAGCCACACGCUUCCUUGAUGACAUAGAGAUGGAGGACAACAUCCGAUUUGGCUGUAUUUCUAUGUGUAAGGAUUUCCACACCACCACCAGAGAGCUCUCAGAGAGGUUCCUGAAUGAACUGGAGAGACACAACUACGUGACGCCCACAUCCUACCUGGAGCUCAUCAACACUUUCAAAGAACUGCUCAACAAGAAGAGAGACGAGGUGAUGAAAGCCAAGAGGAGAUACGAGGUGGGUCUGGAAAAGCUCCAGUCUGCAGCCUCCCAGGUGGCCGUAAUGCAGCAGGAGCUGACUGACCUGCAGCCACAGCUGGUGGUGGCCAGUAAGGAGGUGGAACAGAUCAUGAUCAAAGUGGAGUCCGAGUCAGUGGAGGUGGCCAAAGUUGAGAAGGUUGUGAAAGCUGAUGAAGCUGUUGCCAAUGAGCAGGCUUCGGCUGCUAAAGCUAUCUCAGAUGAAUGUGAAGCUGACUUGUCGGAGGCCAUUCCAAUCCUGAACAGUGCACUGGCAGCUUUAGACACCCUCACACCACAGGACAUCACCCUGGUGAAAUCUAUGAAGAGCCCUCCAUAUGGUGUCAAGCUUGUUAUGGAGUCUAUCUGUGUACUAAAAGGAAUUAAACCAGAACGUAUACCAGACCCCUCAGGGUCAGGCAAGAAGAUAGAGGAUUACUGGGGACCGUCUAAGAAACUGUUGGGUGACAUGAAGUUCCUGGAAUCCCUGCAUUCUUAUGACAAGGACAACAUACCCCCAGCAGUGAUCAAGAUAAUCAGGGAGAAGUAUGUCACCAAUCCUGACUUUGUCCCUGAGAAGAUCAAGACUGCCUCCACUGCAGCUGAGGGCCUCUGCAAGUGGGUUAGAGCUAUGGAAUCCUAUGACAAGGUGGCUAAGGUGGUGGCACCCAAGAAAGAAGCCCUAAAGAAGGCUAAUGCUGAACUAGCAGUUGCCAUGGCUGCACUGGAGAAAAAGAGGGCAGCACUGAAAGAAGUCCAGGACAAGCUGGCUAGACUGACAGAGCAGUUAGAGCACAACAAACAGAAGAAGGUGGACUUGGAGAACCAGGUGGAUCUCUGUGAGAAGAAACUGGAGAGGGCAGAGCAGUUGAUUGGAGGUCUAGGUGGUGAGAAGGACAGAUGGAGCCAGUCUGCUGAAGAACUUGGCAUUAAGUAUAUCAACCUGACUGGAGAUGUACUGGUCUCUUCUGGCUUGGUGGCCUAUCUGGGAGCUUUCACUUCAUCAUUCAGACAGGAACAAGCCAAGACGUGGCAGAAUAGUGUGGUCAGUAAGAAUAUUCCAUGUUCCCCAGUGUUCUCCCUGGUCACUACCCUGGGAGACCCAGUGGCCAUCAGGUCGUGGAACAUCUGUGGUCUGCCCACUGACAACUUCUCUGUGGAAAAUGGUAUCAUUAUCAGUAAUGCUCGUCGUUGGCCCCUCAUGAUAGAUCCCCAGGGCCAGGCCAAUAAGUGGAUCAAGAACAUGGAGAAAGCAAACCAGUUGGCUGUUAUCAAACUCAGUGAUAGUGACUUUGUCAGGUCCCUGGAGAAUGCUAUACAGUUUGGAACUCCA